AUGGCAAAAGAAGAAGAAGAUCCAUUAUCAAAAUGUCCCCACUGUUCAGAUACAGUACCUCCCGAAACAACCACCACAACAGUUACUCCUACAUCAUGUAAAUGUCGUUCAUCUUCAUCCUCUUCGUUAUAUCAUAAAAAAUUACAUAAACUCUUACGGAAAAUAAAAUCAAAUGAUCAAUCCACUAAGGAUAAUUUAAAUAAUUAUUCAUUAAAUUCAUCAUCGAUAAAUAUCUUUGAAAGAAGUUUAGAAAAUAAUAAUCCUUUAUUAUUCAAUAAUGGUACCAAUAAUAAUACUAAUAACAUUAAUAAUAAUGGAACCAAUAACUCUAAUGAUAAUGGAAUUCCCUUACAUUAUAAAUUAGAAAAUUUCACUAAUCCAAUAUUAGAUAUCACUACUGAUUAUCUUAGUGAUCCCAAUGUUGAUUUUAAUGAUGUUAAAUUGAAUUAUUAUGAUGAUGAUCAACCUCAAGAUGGAACCAAUAAUAAUGAUUUUCCAUCACCUCAUAAUACUAUGAGUACUAAUAUGGCGGAAUAUCCCUUUAGAGCAAGAUCAAGAUCAAGAUCAAUUAUUAGUAAUAAUCUUUUAAAUACUUUAAGUCAAUCAUCCCAAAAUAGUAAUUCAAGUAGUAAUACCACUAAUAAUACCGGAUCUACUAAUGCAUCUUCUCAAAAAUUAUAUAGAAGAAAUUCAUCAUUUUCAACCAUGUCAAAUAGUUCAAUGUUAUCAUCUAAACGUCCAUCAUUUAUAAAUUCUUAUCGAUCAAGACAACAAUCAUUAGCUACAUCUACAACACCAUCUCAGGGGAAAGUAACCAAUCGUUCCAAAGAUUCCGUCGAUCCCAGUAUUGAUUUUUAUUCAUUUGCCGAUAUGUUAUCUCAUGAAGAUGAAGAAGAAGAAGCUAUACUUGAAUCGAUUUUGAAUCAUCAUAUUAAUGAUGUGAUGAUUGAUGAUGAUGAUGAUGAUGAUGAUGAUGAUUAUGAAGGAGAUGAGGAAGAAUUCAUUAAUCAAUUAGAAGAAAUCCCAUCCCAAGAACUUCCAGAUGAUGAAGAAGAAAAUGAUGUGGCUGUUGCCCAAGAUGAUGAUGAUGAAGAUGAAGAUGAAGUAGAUUCUAAAUCUCAUCAAAUGCCAAGACCAACUAGAACCCAUUCUCUCACUUUGGAAGACAAAAUCGCCUUGACGAAUGCAUUACCAUUAUCCCCCUCCUUGAGAAGAUCAAGUUAUACAACCAUAAGUGUUAAGGAUUAUAUCGGAGUAUUAUAA